AUAGCAAAGUAUUUUGAAAUGCUCGGCACCGGAAGUGACCUUGUAUUUAUGUUUGCAAUGUCGCUGCUACACCCAUGCUGCUUUUUUCUGAAAGUUUUGUGCCACAGCUGAUGAAAAUGAGUGGUGGGACAAACCAGAGAACUUUGUUCCAGACCUGGGGGGGCUCUGUGUCUCAAAACAAAACGACUCAACCCCCUCAAAAUGGCAAAAAGGCUUCGGAAGUGCAAAGACCAUCUUCAAGUAAAGGAGCUAAGUUAGCUCGUCCUCCACGAGCAUCUUUAUGGACUGAAUUUGGUCAGAAUUCCGGUAGGACAGAGGAAACCUUACAGGAAAACGAAGAUGACGACGAUGACUUGAUGGUCGUCGCUGUAUAUGAAGCUGAAAAGAGUUUGCAACUUGACAGCUGCGUCGCAGUGGAUGAGGCCACACUUUCUCCCCCCUCAUCAGCCAGACAAACUUACCCAGACUUCCCUGACUUUGACAGCUCCUCCGCCAAAGUAUGGAUCUAUCCCACCAACUAUCCCAUCAGGAAUUACCAGCUGAAGAUCUCAGAGGCCGCCCUUUUCCAGAACACUCUGGUGUGCCUUCCCACUGGUCUGGGAAAAACCUUUAUAGCCGCUGUGGUUAUGUACAACUUCUACCGCUGGUAUCCAUCAGGGAAGAUUGUGUUCAUGGCUCCAACGAAACCUUUGGUGGCCCAGCAGAUUGAAGCCUGCUACAAAGUCAUGGGGAUCCCUCAGACUCACAUGGCUGAGCUGACAGGAAGCACAGCUGCAAAGCAGAGACAGGAGGUGUGGAAGUCCAAGCGAGUCUUCUUCCUCACCCCGCAGGUCAUGGUGAACGAUCUAUCCAGAGACACCUGCCCAGCCAAGCAGGUCAAGUGUGUGGUGAUCGAUGAGGCUCACAAGGCUUUGGGAAAUCACGCCUACUGUCAAGUUAUUAGACAGCUGUGCAGUCAGACUCUACAAUUCCGAGUUUUGGCUCUCAGUGCCACUCCAGGAGGAGAUACUAAGUCGGUCCAGUCUGUGAUCUCCAACUUGCUCAUCUCUCACAUUGAGCUGCGAUCAGAAGAAAGUUUGGACAUCCAGGCUCAUUCACAUCAGCGCAGUGUGGACAAAGUGAUAGUUCCUCUUGGGGAGACGCUUUCUGCUUACCAGGCUCGAUAUCUCGAGGUGUUGGACAAGUUCAUGUCUCGUCUGAUUCAGAACCGGGUGAUGUCUCACAAGGACCUGCGGAGCCUCGGCAAAUACCAGAUCAUUCUGGCCAGAGACCAGUUCCGCAAGAACCCGCCUACACACAUCAAGGUUCCUCAGCAGGGGAUGCUGGAGGGGGACUUUGCCCUCUGCAUCAGUCUGUAUCAUGGUUAUGAGCUGCUGAUGCAGAUGGGCCUCAGAUCACUCUUCUUCUACGUACAGGGAAUCAUGGACGGAUCCAGAGAGAUGUCCAGGACCAAGAACGAGCUCCAGCGGACCCCAACAUUCAUGGAUCUUUACCAUGAGAUGGAGGCAAUGUUUGUGAAGCCAUCUGCAGGUCCAGAUGAACCAUUUGUUUACAGUCACCCCAAGCUGAAGAAGCUGGAGGAGGUGGUGCUGCAGCACUUUAGAGUGUGGGCUGAAAGCGCUUCAGACAAUCAUGACCCUCAGGGAGUCAGCACACGCGUGAUGAUUUUUUCCUCGUUUCGGGAGAGCGUGCAAGAGAUCGCCGCCAUGCUAAACCGCCACUCGCCGCUGAUCAGGGUCAUGACAUUUAUGGGCCAGGCUUCUGCCGGAAAAGGGGUCAAAGGAUUUACCCAGAAGGAGCAGCUGGAGGUGGUGCAACGUUUUCGUCAGGGAGGCUUCAACACGCUGGUGUCCACCUGUGUGGGAGAAGAGGGGCUCGACAUCGGCGAGGUGGACCUCAUCGUUUGCUUCGACGCACAGAAGAACCCCAUCCGCCUGGUGCAGCGGAUGGGACGCACCGGACGAAAGCGGCAGGGACGCAUCGUCGUCAUUUUAGCCGAAGGACGGGAGGAGAGAACCUACAAUCAGAGCCAGAGCAACAAGCGCAGUGUGUACAAGUCCAUCACUGGGAACAAAAACGGCUUCCACAUGUACCCCAACAGUCCCCGCAUGCUGCCUGAGGGCGUGAACCCCAGCCUCCACAAGAUGUACAUCACCUGUGGCCAGUUUGACCAUAGAGAGAACAGCAGGAGGUCAGGAAGAGGUCGAAGGUCCUACGCUGAAGGACGACAGUCACUCAUCCACCCUCAGAGUCUGAUUCAACACAGCAGGGCGGCCUCUGAUGGCUUUCUGAGCAGCGCAGAGUAUUCCGAGUGGGAAAGCACCAUGAAGCUGGGAGAACAGGAAGCUCGGCCCAUCCUGAAGGAAUCCCACUUUUUGUCAAUACCCUCCAAUGACCCUCCACCUCAGGAAAGCACUGCUAAACCUCCGUGUAGAGAGCUGUCUCUAUGGGAGUGGAGACACUGGCAGCACAAAGCGCUUCCUUCCCAUCUGGUCGACCACUCCCUUCGCUGCCAGCACUUCGUCAAGGUGAUGGGGCUCAUCGAUCGCAUGAAAGAUGAAAACGAGGGCGAAUGUCUAUACGAGCAGGAGCUUCUUCCUUACAGAGAAGACACAGAGAAAAGGGGAAAGGCUGCAAAGAUCCCCACAAAGAGCACCAACAAGAAACCUAAAUCGCCUGGUGUGACUUGGUCUGAGCUGCUUGAUAUCGGGGAUGAGAUGGAGGAGAUGAGUGUUGAUGCGCCACCCACAGAUGCUGGGGAAAAACCAGCGCUUGACCCUUCUGAUGACUUUCAACGUCCUCCAUCGAGAGAUUCCGGAGAUGACUGUAUGAUCAUAAAUGUAGAAACCCUCAGAGAUCCUGUUGAGGAUUCUCCUAAACUGGUGGCCAACGAUGAUGAUGAGGAGGAGGUGGAGCUUCAGGGGAUGUUUUAUCUUCCUCUGUGGGAAUCUUCUCGGCGGACCGACAAACCAGGGAAAGAUGAGACUCUAAAGGUCAUCCUGGCUAACGUGGCCGAACUCCUCCGUCGAUCUCCUCCUCCACUGGUGGACAUUUCCGAUGCAGAGUUAAUCCCACCUCCUCCUCAGCCUCUUCAUCAGCCCUUCUUCGUCAGCUUUAGCUUGGACGUAGACGACGACGACGACGAUGAGAUGAUCUGUGCGACCCAGAAGAAGGCUUUGGCACUUAAGGAGAGCGAGGAAAACCCGGCGGGCGUUUCAGCUGGCAGCCCCACUUGGGACGAAGUUUUUGAGGAUGAAGUCGUUGGUGUUGACAACGAGGAGCAGGAGCGGCUAAGAGCAAGAGGAAACGAGGAGGUGGAAAGGAGGAGCAAGGAGGUUGCUGAUGGAGCCUCCCAGACGGACGAGAGCAUGGAGCUGUUCGAGGACGACGAAGCUUUCCUGCAAAUGACGAUUCCAGAUAUCCCCACGCCUCUCAAGGACUCCACAAACAAGACGGCAGCAACGGUUGAAUACGAUCUACACAUGCAGAACACGACAAACUCCUGCAGGACUUCUCCUUUACCUGAAAGCACAAAUGACGCAGCUUCCACGGAGCAAAGGACUGACAAUAAUAAAAGCUUCUCAAUGCAAGAAACCCCUAAACCUCUGAAGACCUCAAACCAUCUCUUCUCUGUCAACUUUGACCUUGGUUUUUCACUGGAAAGCUCAGAAGAUGAAGCGGAUGCCCCAGCAUCUCCACCACCCAAAAAGCAGGCGUCUCUGCCUGGUGUGUCCGACUCCUCUACUCCUCACAGCGGUUUAUCCCGACUGUGCAGUGAGUCCAGAUCAUCCAAGCCACAGAUAACAUCAGGCAGAGAAGCUCUCCUGUCUCCUAUCACGCCAACAGGGCCGCAGCAGACUCUCCAGUCUGGUAGCCUGAAACGCAGACGACUGAAUGUGAUCGAUUCUCCUCCCAAACCAGAGUGCGACAGUGACAGUGAGGAUGACGUCGUGCUUCACAAAAGAAAAAUCCAGAACAAGGUCAACCCGUUGUCGUCUCCAGAUGCGUCCAAGAUCAGCAGUGAUGUCGACUCUCCGCUGGUAGAGAGAAGAAGACGGAUCUCUGCUCUCAACACAUCUGAUGUGACAAAAGAUGACGCUGCUGCUGAUGAUGACGACGACUUCCAGAGUGAAUCCAGGCUGACCCGCAGACCUGCAGCGCCUGCCGCCUGCAGACGACGAGUCAAACCGGCUAAACAUAAGACACGCGUGUUUAUGAAAGGUCGUCAGUUCCUGGAUGAAGAGGCCGAGCUGUCUGAGGAUGAGGAAGGCAUCUCGUCUGAUGAAGAGGACGGAGAAGACCUGAAUCAGUCUCUCGACGGCUUUGUGGUCGACAACUCACACUACUCCCAGGAGCUAAAUGACUCAGAGAUGCAGGGGGUUUAUAUGAAAUCUGUGAGAAGCCCCGCCGUCCAAGGCAAGUUCAAGAUGUCCUACAGGAACCAACACAACAUGGAUAUUUUUUCACAACUUCCUGAGAUGGAUGAGACGUAUGCAGAGGACAGUUUUGUAGUUGGUAGUGAUGUAGAGGAGCCGGACAGCGAUGAAGAAGAGGACGAAGGUGUUGAACUGCUGCCCGAGGCUUCAUAUGUGGGCGGAAGAAGGCAGUAUGCCACCAGGCGCCGAGUUUUCCUGCACAAAGCCAAAGCAGCAGCAGCAGGGGUGGAGUCUCCACCGAGGACGACGACGGCGAGAAGCAAACGCAGCCGCGUCAUCCGGGUUCAAGAUUCCAGCGAUGAGGAAGAGCGUGGAGAAACGGGCCUCACUACAGGAGGAAGUGAGGUCCGCUUGCUGGCAAAUAUACCUCAGAAGGAACCCAGUGUGCAGAAAGACGGAUCUUCUGCUUCCUCAACUAUAGCAUCAAAAGUCUCGUUACUGAGGAACGCACAAAGGAGAUCUCCGAGUGAGGAGCAACUAAAUCAGAGGCACCAGCAGAGGAUUGAAAACCAACAUCUUCUCUCUGACGAGCUGGACUUUGUUUCAAAAGUGCCGUUUUCGUCAACAAAACCAUCAGAACCGCACGCUGCCGCCUCCUCUGAGCCUCAGGCGUCAUCCAGCACCGACUCCUCAGCCUCCCCCGGGUCUGUCAGCAUCCUGGUGGACAGUCGCUGCAUCAGCGGAGCUGUAGAGCUGCUGACCAGCCUGCGACAAAGACACGCCGCCACCGUCCUCGUCUGCUCACUGGACGCCAGCUACUUCAUCGUCAGCAACCGCAUGGCGGUGGAGAAACUCAGCCAAUCCGACCUGGCCGCAAUGCAGAACAGAAAGCGUUUGGCUGACCGAGUCAACAGUUUGCAGAGACUGUUCGAGCGGGUGUGUCUUAUCGUGGAGAAGGACCGAACCAAAGCAGGUGAGGCCUCACGACCUUUCCAGCGCACACGUUACUACGACAGCAUGUUGGCGGCGCUGGUCCGAAGCGGAAUUCGCUUGCUGUGGAGUGACGGUGCAGAGGAGACGGCCGCUUUGCUAGUGGAGCUGAGCCGGGUCGAACACAGGAAAGGUCACCGCAUUGCUGUACCUCUGGAGGUCAAAGGGCAGCGCAGGGAGCAGGCCCUGCAGCUGUACUCAGGCCUGCCUUCAGUCAACUACGCACAAGCGCUUAACCUCAGCCACAACUUCAGGACCAUCGCGCAGCUCGUGAACAGUUCAGUGGAGGCCAUCCAGAAAGGAGGCUGCAUGAGUCGAACUAGAGCAGAGGAGAUUUACCGCUUCCUCCGUUACUCCUGUGACUCCUUCCUCAUCAAAACAUCCAAAGCAGGAAAGAACAGCUGACAGCCUGGAGGAAAGCUGCAAAUCUAAAUUCUGUUUUCUACCUCAUUUGACUUGUUUGCUCUCCAGGAACCAUCUCAAUCAUUACUUUACUGCACUCUCGUAUUGCACUCUCAAGACUUUUUUGCACAAGUUGUAAAAACUAUAUGAAGCGUGAGCUGAUUUUUAAGCUUUUUUUUUCUGUUUUCUCCCCAAAAAUUACGACAGAGGCCUUUAAACACUCAAUUAGGCAUGAAAAUUUGAGUAACUUAUUAAUAAAAAUGAUUAAAUUCAAACAGCUGUAUCAAAGAUAUCAGAUGUAUUUAUUAAACCUAAUUCUUUUUCUAUA